UUUUCCUUCUUUGAAUCCUCUCAAUUGCAUUACUUCGUCAUAUAUCAAAAGUAUCCUGUUAAUUUCCAAGACCAUACCGCAAAUAUGAUCUUCAAAAACAUCGCACUCGUCGCAUCUACACUCUUCACCAUCUCCCUCGCCAGCUUCCUCGUCGUCCCCGAAGACGAAAUCUCCCUACUGCCCAUCCGCACAUUCUCGAACGAAGCAGCCGCCCAGACAUGGGCAGCAGGCGUAGUCCUCGAAGCUGCUGGCCGCUUCGAAUCCUACAUCACAGGCCCCGAAGGCCGCUCCCUCGCCAGCAAGGUCGAAGCCGCCAACACGCCGCUGCAAGAAUUCGUUGCGACGGCCACGUACGACAUCCCCGCCGUGGUGACGGCGACUGAGACGGACCAGGUCACGGUGUAUAGAUAUGCUCCGGAGUGGUAUGCGGCGCUGCCGACGGAGGUGAAGGAGGCGAAUGAGGAGUUAUCGCAGGUGUAUGUCGAUGCGAUUAAGGAUUCGAUGCAGUCGGGAGGACGGCGUUCGAGGUCGCUGGGGACUGGGAUGGGGUGUGUGGUUGCUUUUGUUGCGGUGUUGCUUGUGUUAUAAUGAAUCGAG